AUUCUGAAGCAGAACCCUUUCUGGUGGACUCACCAGCGACACGAUGGAAAAUUGUGGAACUUGAAUAACUACCGUACCGAUAUGAUCCAAGCUUUGGGUGGUGUUGAAGGAAUUCUGGAGCACACUUUGUUCAGAGGUACCUACUUCCCAACAUGGGAAGGUUUGUUCUGGGAGCGAGCGUCUGGUUUCGAAGAGUCAAUGAAAUUCAAGAAAUUGACUAAUGCUCAACGAUCUGGUUUGAAUCAAAUUCCUAAUCGUCGUUUCACAUUGUGGUGGUCUCCCACAAUCAAUCGAGCAAAUGUUUACGUUGGCUUCCAAGUGCAGCUGGAUCUCACUGGCAUUUUCAUGCACGGAAAGAUUCCGACGCUGAAGAUUUCUCUCAUACAAAUAUUCCGUGCUCACUUGUGGCAGAAAAUUCAUGAAUCUGUGGUUAUGGAUUUGUGCCAGGUUUUCGAUCAAGAAUUGGACGCACUCGAGAUUCAAACGGUGCAAAAGGAGACAAUUCAUCCUAGAAAGUCUUACAAAAUGAACAGCUCUUGUGCUGACAUCCAGUUGUUUGCCCAAUAUAAGUGGAACGUUUCUCGUCCGUCGUUGAUGGCUGACAGCAAAGACGUUAUGGACAGUACAACUACACAGAAGUACUGGAUUGACGUGCAGCUUCGUUGGGGAGACUACGACUCUCAUGACAUUGAAAGAUAUGCAAGGGCGAAAUUCCUCGAUUACACCACCGACAACAUGUCCAUUUAUCCUUCCCCAACAGGUCUACUCAUUGCGAUGGAUCUUGCAUACAACCUGUAUAGUGCGUAUGGAAAUUGGUUCCCUGGAAUGAAACCCCUGAUUCGGCAAGCCAUGGCAAAGAUCAUCAAGGCUAACCCAGCCUUUUACGUACUGCGUGAGCGUAUCCGGAAAGGGCUGCAGUUGUAUAGUUCAGAACCAACCGAACCGUAUCUUACUAGUCAGAACUAUGGAGAAUUGUUCUCAAAUCAGAUUAUUUGGUUUGUGGAUGACACAAACGUAUAUCGUGUGACCAUUCACAAAACAUUCGAAGGUAACUUGACGACGAAACCUAUUAAUGGUGCCAUUUUUAUCUUCAAUCCCCGCACUGGGCAGCUGUUCUUGAAGAUUAUUCAUACUUCUGUGUGGGCAGGCCAGAAACGUCUCAGUCAGCUUGCCAAGUGGAAGACUGCAGAGGAAGUCGCUGCUCUGAUCAGAUCAUUACCGGUUGAAGAACAACCUCGUCAAAUCAUUGUAACUCGAAAGGCUAUGCUUGAUCCUCUUGAGGUUCAUCUUCUCGAUUUCCCAAACAUUGUGAUCAAGGGAUCGGAGUUGAUGUUGCCAUUCCAAGCAAUCAUGAAGGUGACGAUCAGAUACAAGCACGGUGGCGGUGCACUUGUAGCUAAUGAUGCGAGGCUUCACCCUCGCAGAGUCUUCCUCUUCCCCUCGCUGUCAUAA